AUGCAUCAAUAUAAUACGGCAAAAUGCAAUGGCCAAGUUUUUAGUUUUGAUAUUAUAAACGAAGAGGGCUGUGAAAUUAGAAUUACUUCCUUUGAUGAAAUAGCAGAAUUGCACUAUCACCGAGUUGAACAAGGAGCUUCAUAUGUUGUUUCCAAAGGUUCUGUAAAAGACGCAAACACAAUAUACAAUAAGCUUAACAGCCACCUUGAGAUUGUCUUGACUGAAACUUCAGUUUUCAAGCGAUGUGCCCCUAAUUCUGCUGAGCCAAGUAAAAAAACCCACUUCACCCCUAUUAAUGAAGUUCUCACCACCACCAACAAUACUUUGGUUGAUGUUAUUGGUGUUGUUGUCAAUGUCGGAGAAAUUUGUGUAAUUCGUAGAAAGGAUGGAUCUACUGUGAACAAGAGAAUAGUAAAAUUAAAUGAUAUGUCAACUUUGACAAUUGAUGUUAACCUUUGGGGGCCGCCAUCAAAACAACUAGGUAAUGACUUGAAGAAUAUGCAUGCAUCUGGAACAUUUGUCAUCCUUGCUGUUCAAAAUGCAAGGGUUGGGUAUUUCAAUGGGAAAUUUAUUAAUAUUUCAGCGUCAACAACUUUCAAAAUUAACCCUUCCAUUCCUGAAGCAGACCCCCUCCAUUUAAGAGGCCCUGUACAACAAUGCCUUGAUCCACACUCUUUGGAUGUGCAUGCCAAAAAUAGCCAGUACAAGAGAAUGUCCAUUGCAUCCAUCCUUGAAUGCCUUAGCGUUGUGCCUGAAACCAUUGAGACUACUAUUACAGCUGUCCUGCGAUUCAUAAAGGGUGAACAGUUUUAA